AGCAGUUGAUGUUGUUUACUUUACUUCAGUCGACCAUCGGACAUCGUUGUGAACGCACGUGCUGUGCUACAAACGCGCGAGUUAGAAAAAAAAAGUGAUCGGUGAUAAACAAAAAUAUGGAAUUAAAUUUCGUAACAACAUUAAUAAAACACGAUGUGAAUCAUAAUGUGAAACAGUGCUUUAAAUCUAAAAAACCAUUCAUAACGCGAAAAGAAGAAGUGAUGGCUAUCAAAAAUAAAUUUCCCACCAAAAUACCGUUAAUCGUCGAAAGAUCACACAAGGAAAGAAAUUUGCCAGCUUUAGACAAAACCAAAUUUCUCGUACCAGAAGAUAUUACAAUGUCACAAUUCCUAGUCAUUAUAAGAAACAGAAUAAGGAUUAAACCGAAUCAGGCACUUUACUUGAUAAUCAACAACAGAUCGAUGCUAAGCAUGAGCCUGACCAUGGCCCAGGCUUAUGAAAACUUUGGCGAUGAAGACGGCUUCCUUUAUAUCACUUACGCCUCGCAAGAAGUCUUUGGAUACCAUGACGAUAUGACGGGUCCCAGUCAGGAAGUUGAGGCGAUUAGACACCGCUUCCCAAAUAAAAUACCGUUGUUCGUGGAACGAUAUUCUCGUGAGAAAGAGGUGCCCGCGCUCGGCAGGAACAAGUUCCUAGUGCCACAGGAACUCACCAUGUCCCAGUUCCUUUAUAUCAUACGAACCAAGAUGAAGUUGAGGGAUUCUCAGGCGCUAUAUCUAUUGGUGAACGACAAAGUUUUGGUGAGCCAUAGCAUGACGAUGGCGCAGGCGUAUCAACAGUUCCGUGGCAACGAUGGCUUCCUCCGCAUCACGUACGCAGCACAGCAAGUAUUUGGUUAAUAAUGUAAAUUUCGCAAUCCAGUUCAGUGGUAAUACUGGUGAUUCCUAAAGCUAAUGAAGACUGAUAGUAUUUUAUAUUGUGUUAAUAUUAAGAAUAUAGGAUUUUUUAA